UGCGCGCUCAGGGAGCCCGGCGGACGCGGUAAGUGGGCGCUGUCCCCUCAGUUGGCGGCGCCUCUGCAGGUUCCCUUCUCCGUGUUGCUCUGGGUCUGUCCCUUACGCUAAGCUCCCCUCACGGCGCUCUCGCUCCGUGUCCCGCCUGUGAGGGGUCGCGGCUGUGCAGCCCCUGUGGCCGGGCAGCUCCGGGGCCGGCGGCGGGUCCCUCCCGCGGGGCUGGGGAGAUGCGGACCCUCGGCCUCCUCAGGGCGUCUGCGCUGGCUCUGUGUGUGCCCGCAGCCGCCAGCAGGAGCAAAGGCAGCUCCCCGCAUCAUCCCCGCCGCGAGCAGCUGUCCCCGAGCAGGUCCCACAGGGGCCGGGCGGUGCAGCGGUGCCACAAGUGCCCCUGUUGGUGUUAGUAGCCGCUCGGUCUGGCGCGGUUCUUGUCCGAGGCCAUCGGGGACAUUCAGUGAAUGCUGUGCUCAACUUCCAUCGUUUAUCCGCAAGUUUCUUCCUGCCUUUUCCCUCAAGCAGCUUCGCUUGAGUUUCUUUACACCUGCUCCUCUGGCCAGUGAGCCGGGGGUCCUGGAGCAGCCCAGCACGGUGGAGGGGACUGGCCUGCCUGCGUGUAGAGGACAGUCCAGAAGGAAGAUGUGAAUUAGAGAGUGAAAAUGUGUGGCAAUUGCUCCUGCUUUGACUGAUCAGUCACCAGCUGCAAAAGGACCAAAGUCACAGUGCUCACCUGCUUAAUGCGUGAGUUGCAUCAUCCUUGAGUAUCAAUGAAAGACCAAGUAUGGCUUUCUUCAAGCAACAGAAGGUGGAGGACAUUUAUGAAAUUGGGGAAGAGCUGGGAAGUGGCCAGUUUGCUAUAGUGAAGAAGUGUCGAGAGAAAAGCACAGGGCUGGAAUUUGCUGCCAAGUUCAUCAAGAAGCGCCAGAGCCGGGCCAGCCGGCGCGGGGUGAGCCGGGAGGAGAUCGAGCGCGAGGUCAGCAUUCUGCAGCAGAUCCUGCACGCCAACAUCGUCAAGCUGCACGACAUCUAUGAGAACAAGACAGACGUGGUCCUCAUCCUGGAGCUGGUUUCUGGAGGAGAACUUUUUGACUUCCUGGCACAGAAAGAGUCUUUGAGUGAAGAGGAAGCAACCAGGUUCAUCAAGCAGAUUUUGGAUGGUGUGAAUUACCUUCACUCUAAGAAAAUUGCUCACUUUGAUCUAAAGCCUGAAAACAUUAUGCUUCUAGACAAGAAUAUCCCUAUUCCACACAUCAAACUCAUCGACUUUGGCUUGGCUCACAAAAUAGAAGAUGGAGUUGAAUUUAAAAAUAUAUUUGGAACUCCAGAAUUCGUAGCUCCAGAAAUCGUAAACUAUGAACCACUUGGGCUAGCUGCAGACAUGUGGAGCAUAGGAGUCAUCACCUACAUACUGCUUAGUGGUGCAUCACCUUUCCUUGGAGAAACUAAACAAGAAACACUUGCCAACAUCACAGCUGUGAAUUACGAUUUUGAUGAAGAAUUUUUCAGCAAUACUAGUGACCUGGCAAAAGACUUUAUUCAGAAAUUACUGGUGAAAGAUACACGGAAGCGGCUUACGAUUCAGGAAGCUCUAUCUCAUCCAUGGAUAACGCUGAAAGAUGAAACCAAAGUCCAGGAAAACAAGAAGGUGGAGAACGUGCAGCUGAAGACAAAACGCCUGAGGGAGUACACCAUAAAGUGCCACUCGAGCAUGCCCCCCAACAACACCUACAUCAACUUUGAGCGCUUUGCCCGCAUUGUAGAGGACAUUUCCCGUGUGGAGCAGGGCUUCAGCACCUUGGCUGCAUCCCACGAUUCCUUGCAGGAGGACAUGGAUGCUCUGCUUUCUAUUUAUAAUGAGAAAGAAGCUUGGUAUAAAGAAGAGAGUGAAAGCGUGAGGCACACGCUGUCGCAGCUGAAGUAUGAAUACCGUAAAAUGGAGUCCCUGAAAAGGCACUUGCACGAGGACAGUGAGGCUGUCGGCGCCAGUCUCGCAGGCGUGUGUGGGAAAUAUGCUGAGCUGCAGAGCCAGUAUGAAUCCCUCAGGCAGGAACUUUCUGAGGAAAUCAAGUGGAUACAGGAUUUAAUGAGCAGUUUUCAACUGGAAAAUGAAGCCUGUGUGAAUGGAAACUUUCACUCUGUUUUCAACAAAGAUAUUAAUGAAUCACUAAUGGAGCUGUUGAAUAGAUCUUGCUGUGAAGAAUUUCUUGCAGGGUUGAAUCUCGAUGUGACAGAAUCCCAGCAGUAACACUGAGAUCAGGCUAAGUGCAGGGUUUGUUGCUUGUUUCAAUGUACAUCAGUUUAAAAAGGUUCUGGUGCAUAGAUUCUACACAAAAACAUGACCUAGAAUUGAAGUAGAAGUUCUGAUGUAUUGCACAAGCUGCUGACCAAGGCCAUAAUGUCCCAGUGGUUUGUAGUGUUGAAGUUGUUUUGUUUUUUUCCUGUGUUCAGUGUCUGAACUUGCAGGAACAAGAUUAUCACAGUGGUAUGGACACAUCUAACACCAAAACCUUUGGUAUUGCCUAUAUUUUACUCUGUGUCAUGUAUUACAGUUCCUAAAGAUUACUAGGUAAUUAAUGUGGAAUAAAGAAUAAGUCAUUCUGUACUUACUAGAAACUGGGUGCCUGGAAACUAAUAAAAAAUCCCCUCAAAGCAUCUUUGGUUGGCUGAAGGAAACAGUUGGAUAGCCCGGCUGCAGACAGUUCUAUACACCUUAUGAUACAAGUAUUUGUAAAGGUUAAAUCUGUAAAUUAAAGCAAAUGGUGUAGUAAUUUAGCUAAUACUGUGGAAAUUUGCUGUGAAAUGGCUGUCAAUGAAGAAUUUUAGGAUUAGUGUUUAGGCCAAUUGUGCAGGGUGAACUCUUUUACCAUCAAAGGUAAGGUGAAUUUUAAAUGAAAGGAUUAAUCGACAGCUGAGUUUCCUGUCCUGUACCAAAGAAAUUCUAUUCAAAAGACACCAUUGGGAACUUGUAAUGAUGAAAUGACUGUGCAAUUUUGCAGUGCAAAUGUCAAUUUUAGACUAAGUGAUAAUAUGGUCAUCUGGUUUGUUUUCUACAGUGAAGAAAAUUACAAAGCCACAACUAACUUAAUCUAUGGCAUCUAUGGUGUGGCAUUUGAGACUAGUGUUCUUGCUAUAAAGAUUUUUUUCCUUAGGUUUUAUAAAGUAAAAGAAAACCCAACCUUGAAUCAUGCCCUGCUGUCUUGUAUUUCAAAGAAGUCAUUUGAUUAUACUGUAUUAAUAUGCACAGAUGUACCAAUCUCAUUUUUGAACACAAUAAAUAGUUAUUUAUGCAGGA